UCCUUGUUUGACUCUAUGCAAACAUCAAACUAAGUAUGGCAAAAAUGAGUUUCUCUUCCUACAUAUUAAUACUAACUUUUUCUUUGCUUUCUCAAGGCAUUUCACUUUCAGCAUCCAAGUCGAUAAGAAAUUUAGAAGAUGACAUGGUAUUUAAAACGCUGAGGCUGGGAAAAGCCUUUCAGAAAGAAGAUACCGCAGAAAAAUCAAUUGCUGUUCCUUCCCUGGAGCAAUAUAAAAAUGAUGAGAGCAGUUUCAUGAGUGAUGAGGAAAACAAAAAUUCAAAGAAUGCAGGUUCCAAACAUAAUUUCUUAAAUCAUGGUCUGCCACUGAAUCUGGCUAUAAAACCUUAUCUUGCACUAAAAGGAUCUGUAGCUUUUCCAGCUGAGAAUGAAGUUCAAAAUACCGAAUCAACACAAGAAAAGAGAGAAAUUGGGGAUGAAGAAAACUCAGCUAAAUUUCCUAUAGGAAGGAGAGAUUUUGACAUGCUCAGGUGUAUGCUGGGAAGAGUCUAUCGACCUUGCUGGCAAGUCUGAUACCUGUUGGUCCACACCAUCAUUUCAGAAGAAAACAAAAUCAUUUAACUGCCUGUGGGGGAAAAAGCCCUUAAUGUUACUGUGACUUGUUUUAUUUUAAAUGUCAGUUUUAAAAGAAAGUAGUAUUAAGAUAUACUUAAAUGAUAUGCUUUACCUGUGCAUUAAACUUUGUGAAUAUUCUGCA